AUGCAAUUGAAAGACUGUUCAACACCACCCUUGAAUAAGGAAAUAACUUCUCCGCAGUUUAAAAAAAUAAAUGAAGCAUCACUUCUAAAGAAAGACGGAUCACACUUAAACACUUCUUUGCCAACCUCAGUCAUUGAAGUAACUCCAAUAUUAAAGAAAUUAAACUCUUCGCCACCAAAGAUGGAAAUAGUCACUUCACCUCCUGCAAAUAAAAUUGACUCAAAAUUAGAAAAUAAUACCAUUCCAUCAAAAAUUGUUGAAAAAGAUUCUAUAUUGACUGUUAAGGAAAUAACAAUUAAAACAGAGAAACUUUGUUUCGCUUCUGGUAAUAAUGAAGUUCUAAAAAAUAAUGUAAAUGAGAAUUCAAAUUUGGAGAAGCCUAAUGCUGAAAACAAAAAUGGAGACAGUGCAGGAAAACUAGAAGAGUCAAAUGGUGUUGGGGAUAAAAUACGAAAGUUCGAAAAGGUUGCAGAGGAUGCAAGUGCUAGUGUUGGUAAAUUGUCUCGUCCCGGAUCGGUUCGCGGAAAAUCUCGAACUGAUAGAUUGGGCUCUGAUAGCAAAGAAGAAUUUCCACCUCCAGCCACUCCUUUCAAAGACAAUGUGUUCUUCGAGUCUAGUGCUCACAGUGAUAAAAAUACAUCAACAGAGCACCACAGAAAUCAUACGACCCUUGAACGCCAACAGAGUUUGACAAAGAAUUCUGUUAACUUAUUAAAAUGGCAAAGGAGCGAAAGCACCUCGUUGGAGGGUGAAAAAAUCAUUCAGAAACCGGAGCCGCAAAAGAUAAUAAAACCAGAGUUUAAGCCAAUGCCAUCACCAGUCGACGUAACGAUUCGCUCACCAAGUCUCGGCGCUAAAAUCGCAGAUCAGUUCCCAUCGCAAUGUACAGCUUUUCGCAAUGUCGCGUCACCUGAUACAGCUCGCACGGGCAGAGAUAAUCACAAAAUUAAUGAAGAUGUAAAUACUCAGAAUAAUUUUAAGACAUGUAAGCUUAAAAAUAAGGAGAAGUAUGCUGUCAGUAAAGGAUCCAGCUACUUCACUAGGGGCUCGGAAGAAAUCUGGUUGGUAAAGAAAAAAGAUAUUGAAGAAAUUGAAGAAAGAGUGCUAGAUUCGUUCCGUAGAGCUGGAGGUAACUUAUGUAUGAGGAGUGAAUCGAUGCGUCCUUCAUCAGACAGUGGACAGAGUGUAUCGUUUUCGCAUGCAACAAUGGGUCGGAAUAAACGACAAAUGUAUGCUAGAAGUGAAUCUUUAGAUCCACAGUGGGCUGGAACAAGAUCACAGACAUUAAAACGUCAAUCAUCAGUGGCAUGUACGUGUGGGCAUGAUAAGAAGACCCGGGCUAAGAGUGCUGGCGCCGAAGCAAAUACCCGUCCUCGUUCCCGCUCACAUGGGGACGAUAAUAAUCAAUGCCACGUCCUAGACAAGUACGAAACACUUGUAUAG